UACAUUAUAUUACACUAGAAUUAACAAAAAAGCUUCCUUUUUGGGAAAGAGAGUGUCAUCUCUUGAAAGUGGCUGCUUUGAACAUUGCGUUUAGAAGGACUCUGAGGCCAUGUCUGGGCUAAGAGAUAAAGAGUAGAGUGACCCACUAGUGACUUUUGCUAUGGGAUUGGAGUGGCAGUGGGUGGUGUGAGUGCCCUCAUUUGCCACUUCUGGAUUAGGCUGUCUGGCAUCCGAUGAGAUUUUGGACUUCUUGAAUCAUGGAGGUAUCAACUGAAGCUCUUAAAUCAUAUGCCAGGCCAUGGGCUCUCAUUCUGUCCCUCUCUGCCAUUUAACUGGGAAGUCAUGUUUACUGUUCCUGCUGUUGUCCCCAGGAAAAAUUAGUUUCUUCUUUGUGAGCCGGAAUAUUUGUGAAGCUUAGCUCAGGAUCAUAUUGUGAGCAGUUUUGUGUAGGGCAUGGCAAGGACUCUCGACAGCCUCAUUUUGCCUCAGUGUCAGCCACUGGGGGAUCUGAUUAGGAGAGGGGUUGGCAGGCUUGGGCAUAUUGGCCAACUAGGCAAGGAUUUGGGGAAAAUCUGCACUGAAGGUACUUCUCCCCUACUGGGCGAUUAUGUCAGGACACAUUCAUGAUUCUUUAUCUGGGCUUUAUGUCAUUUUGGUCUUUUCCAUCUGAGAAGUGUGGGGCCCAGAUGUUUCAGGCUUAAAGAAGCUGGAAUGAGGGCAAGACAGCUUGUUGUGGGAUAUGAAGGGUCAUCUGUCGGCAGGGUGCUGUUUAAGGGAAAGCUCAGCUGCACUGGUGGAUUUAGGGGGGCAAAGGGGAAGCUUAAGGAGAGGAGCUCCUCUUUUUGACGUUUAAGGCAGCCAGAGCCUACUGUGCUGGAUUUGUUUGAUUCUCACAGGCUUCUUUACUGAUAAAGUUGUGAUCUUGUCAAAUAUUUCCAAAAAGCUUUAGUGUAUAGACUCCUUUAAGUAGACCCUUUUGAGUGGAGAUAAAAGUAAGACAAUCCUGUUAGGCUAGCCAAAGAGACCCUGACUGGCAACAAUCAGAUGAUAUGUUCCCAAAUAUACCUACCCAUGAUGCCCUUCCCGCCACUGGCAAUGGAUUUUUUCAUGUUUCCAUAGGGACCUGUUGCUAUGGAGUCCAGCUUGGUUCAGAGGAACUUGCCAGUAAAUACAGGAAAGGCCCUUUGUCUACAUACUGCACCAGCAGAAAUUCCAAUUUUCCCACACAUCUAUUGGAACCCAGACUUCUGUUUUCCAGCCCACUGUGCUGAUAAAUGUGUCCAUGGUCGCUGUGUUGCUCCAAACACCUGUCAGUGUGAGCCUGGCUGGGGAGGAACCAACUGCUCCAGUGCCUGUGACGGCGAUCACUGGGGGCCCCACUGCAGCAGCCGGUGCCAGUGCAAAAACGGGGCUCUGUGCAACCCCAUCACCGGGGCUUGCCACUGUGCUGCAGGCUUCCGGGGCUGGCGCUGCGAGGAACGCUGUGAGCAGGGCACCUAUGGUAAUGACUGUCACCAGAAAUGCCAGUGCCAGAAUGGAGCCACCUGCGACCACGUCACAGGGGAAUGCCGCUGCCCGCCAGGAUACACCGGAGCCUUCUGUGAGGAUCUUUGUCCCCCUGGCAAACACGGCCCACAUUGCGAGCAGAGAUGCCCUUGCCAAAACGGAGGAGUGUGUCAUCACGUCACUGGAGAGUGCUCCUGCCCUAGUGGCUGGAUGGGCACAGUGUGCGGCCAGCCUUGCCCCGAGGGUCGCUUUGGAAAGAACUGUUCCCAAGAAUGUCAGUGCCAUAAUGGAGGGACGUGUGAUGCUGCCACAGGCCAAUGUCAUUGCAGUCCAGGAUAUACAGGGGAACGGUGCCAGGAAGAGUGUCCAGUUGGGACCUACGGAGUGCGUUGUGCCCAACCCUGCCAGUGUGUCAAUGGGGGGAAGUGUUCCCACGUGAGUGGCGCGUGCCUCUGCGAAGCUGGCUUUGCUGGCGAGCGCUGCGAGGCGCGCCUGUGUCCAGAGGGGCUCUACGGCAUCAGGUGUGACAAGCGGUGCCCCUGCCACCUGGACAACACUCAUAGCUGUCACCCCAUGUCUGGAGAGUGUGCCUGCAAGCCGGGCUGGUCGGGACUCUACUGUAAUGAGACGUGCUCUCCUGGAUUCUACGGGGAAGCUUGCCAGCAGAUCUGCAGCUGCCACAAUGGGGCCGACUGUGACAGUGCGACUGGAAAGUGCACCUGUGCCCCAGGAUUCAAAGGAAUUGACUGCUCCACCCCAUGCCCUCUGGGCACCUACGGGAUAAACUGUUCCUCUCACUGUGGCUGUAAAAACGAUGCUGUCUGCUCUCCUGUGGAGGGGUCUUGUACUUGCAAGGCAGGCUGGCACGGGGUGGACUGCUCCAUCAGGUGCCCCAGCGGCACGUGGGGCUUUGGCUGUAAUUUAACGUGCCAGUGCCUCAACGGGGGAGCCUGCAACACCCUGGACGGGAGCUGCACAUGUGCACCUGGAUGGCGCGGGGAGAAAUGCGAGCUUCCCUGCCAGGAUGGCACGUAUGGGCUGAACUGCGCCGAGCGGUGCGACUGCAGCCACGCGGAUGGCUGCCACCCCACCACGGGCCACUGCCGCUGCCUCCCCGGAUGGUCAGGUGUCCACUGUGACAGCGUGUGCGCUGAGGGGCGCUGGGGUCCCAACUGCUCCCUGCCCUGCUACUGUAAAAACGGGGCUUCGUGCUCCCCCGAUGACGGCAUCUGCGAGUGCGCACCGGGGUUCCGAGGCACCACUUGUCAGAGAAUCUGUUCCCCUGGUUUUUAUGGGCAUCGCUGCAGCCAGACCUGCCCACAGUGCGUCCACAGCAGUGGGCCCUGCCACCACAUCACGGGCCUGUGCGACUGCCUGCCCGGCUUCACAGGCGCCCUCUGCAAUGAAGUGUGUCCCAGUGGCAGAUUUGGGAAAAACUGUGCAGGAAUCUGUACCUGCACCAACAAUGGAACCUGUAACCCCAUUGACAGAUCUUGUCAGUGUUACCCAGGUUGGAUUGGCAGUGACUGCUCUCAGCCAUGUCCGCCUGCCCACUGGGGCCCUAACUGCAUCCACACAUGCAACUGCCACAAUGGAGCCUUCUGCAGCGCCUAUGAUGGAGAGUGUAAAUGCACUCCUGGCUGGACGGGGCUCUACUGCACUCAGAGGUGUCCUCUGGGGUUUUAUGGCAAGGACUGCGCGCUGACGUGCCAGUGUCAAAACGGAGCCGACUGCGACCACAUCUCCGGGCAGUGCACGUGCCGCACAGGCUUCAUGGGGAGGCGCUGCGAGCAGAAGUGCCCUCCGGGAACAUAUGGCUAUGGCUGUCGCCAGAUAUGUGACUGUCUGAACAAUUCCACCUGCGACCACAUCACCGGUACUUGUUACUGCAGCCCAGGAUGGAAGGGAGCGCGAUGUGACCAAGCUGGUGUCAUAAUAGUCGGGAAUCUGAACAGCUUAAGCCGCACCAGCACAGCCCUGCCUGCCGACUCGUACCAGAUCGGGGCCAUUGCCGGCAUCAUCGUCCUCGUCCUCGUUGUGCUCUUCCUCCUGGCGCUGUUCGUCAUCUACAGACACAAGCAGAAGGGCAAGGAGUCCAGCAUGCCAGCCGUUACCUACACCCCCGCAGUGCGGGUCAUCAACGCGGACUACACCAUUGCAGAAACCCUCCCUCACAGCAACGGUGGACAUGCUAACAGCCAUUACUUCACCAAUCCCAGCUACCACACACUCACCCAGCGCGCCGCGUCCCCACACGUCAACAACAGGGACAGGAUGGCCAUCGCAAAGUCCAAAAACAAUCAGCUGUUUGUGAAUCUUAAAAACGUGAACCCUGGAAAGAGAAGCCUUGUGGCGGACUGCACCGGGACGCUGCCGCCUGACUGGAAACAUGGCGGCUACCUCAACGAGCUCGGUGCUUUUGGACUUGAUAGAAGCUAUCUGGGAAAAUCCUUAAAAGACCUAGGGAAGAAUUCUGAAUAUAAUUCCAGUACCUGCUCCCUCAGCAGUUCUGAAAACCCAUAUGCUACUAUUAAAGACCCACCUGUACUUAUCCCAAAAACCUCAGAAUGUGGCUAUGUGGAGAUGAAAUCACCGGCACGAAGAGAUUCCCCAUAUGCAGAGAUCAAUAACUCAACUUCAGCCAACAAGAAUGUCUAUGAAGUUGAACCUACAGUGAGUGUUGUCCAAGGAAUAUUCAGCAAUAAUGGGCAUCUCACCCAGGAUCCAUACGACCUCCCAAAGAACAGUCACAUCCCUUGUCAUUAUGACCUGCUGCCAGUCCGAGAUAGUUCCUCUUCCACGAAGGGAGAGGAUGGUGGCAGCAGCAGCAGCAGCAGCAGCAGCGAAUGACACCAAAGGACUUGCUUGGUAGCCACUGGAAACCUUUCCAGAACUGCAGUUUGCUUCUUCUCCAUCCUCAAGUUUGCCACCUUAUGUGAAUGUUGACCAAUUUGGUAGGCAAUUGUUGGACAUGAACCAGAAAACUCAAAGCAGAGGCUGACACCGACUGUAGGUGCUUCUUGUACAGGUGGUGGCGUGGAAGGAGAUAGUGACUUGAGUUCCCAUGGCUGUUAGUUUUAGAACUGCACCCGUGAAGCAUGACUUACUGUAAAAUGUUGGCUAAAAGCAUGAACUUGCAGAACUCCUUCGGUGACACGGGUUGCAGUGGACAUUGGUAUUGUUGCUUGAAAAAUUAAAAUGUAAAUGUUUUAUUUCUCAUUUGCAUCAUAGAGCUGUACCUAGGAUCGUACAGUUUCUCAUAGAAUUUACUUCAUAAAAGUAGGAAUCACUAAACAUGCAGAAGAAAAAGGGCAUAUUAUUGAGUCCUUAUUGCUUAAUUUUUUUCAUCCGGACUCAGACUUGUAGGGAUACUAUGAAUGCAGGAGGAAACGUUCUUUCUGGUGGCAUGACUGGAUAGACUUGGAAUAAACUCUAGAAGUGGACAGAAAAUAUAAAUAUGAAAAUCUUAGAUUUUGUUUAGAGUGGGAAAAUGUACAAUUAGGAUUGUUUUAGAAAUAUUAGAAGUAUUGCAGAAGUCAAUACACAAAUGUGCCAGGCAGAGGUGGUUUUUCUAUUUGAUCCUUUGAUCCUUUUCUAUUUGAUCCCACUUUAGAUUCGUUACAUUAUUCUGAUCACUGUCCCCAUCAUAGUUAUUCACCACUUGUGAUUCAUAACAUAUCAAUAAUUAUUUCAUAACAAAUAGAAAUGAAAUAAUUUUAUUUUUGACAGACUGGAUUAAUGAGUAUGUAAUGAUUGGUAAAGAUUGUAAAUUUUAAGUAUAAGAAGAUGCUUAAGUUUUGUAAACCGUUAGUAAACAUGCUGUAAUAUAGAAUUAGCAGAAAGUUUUGAUUAAUCUUUCCCUAUAAGUGACUGAAAUAUUUUUGUGUGUAUUUGAGAAAAGGGCACUUUUCUUUUAUUAAUUGUUGGUUUAGAGAAACUAUGCUUAAGCUGGUCUUUUGCAUUGCUAAUAUGACAUGUACCCCGUUUUUCAUUAAUUUGUAUUUUCAUUUUUAAGUUGUAUAUUCUAUGUUUUGUAGUGUUUGGGUUGUUAAUGAAAAAACUAUUAUAUGUGUUCCCUGUUUCUUGUAUUAUUACCACUCAUCUUUUGCUUGAUAAAAAUGCAUUGUUCUUUUUUCUUUUGGAAGGAAGAAAUGAAAAUAUAUAAUUGGAAUCUAUUAAAGUUGGUCAUUACUAAAAUAGUAUAGCAACCAUAGGUGAUUGGCUUAUGAUUGAAAUAGAGAAGCUUUUUAAUAUUUCAAAAUGGAGUUCUUUUUGAUCUCUUGGUUCCCUGAGUCUUGGUUAAACUAGGGAGAAGGGGAACAGGAAGGAAACAUUGUCACUGAGUAUUACAGACUCAUCUUCCUAAAAACCUUCAUUAUUGUGACCAUAUAUAUAACUGAUCAUUCAAACUGGGACACUCUUGAGAGUAAAUAAGGGCAUUAUUAAUAAUUGUCCUGCUAUGGACUUCAAUCUGGACUGUUCUAGGCAAAUCAGGGUGGAUGCUCAUCCUGUGCAUACUGAUGCAAUAAUAUUUUUCACUCCAAGGAAGUUGUCUUAUGAGCAUGCUGACAUGAGGCAAGAGAGCCAGUUUCACUUUUUUUUUUUUUUAAUCUACUUCAACAAGCAGUAGAAGGGCUGAAAGGCUGAAUAAGGAAGCAACUUCGUAAGAGAAAACAGUGGUCUUCAAUCUUUUGAAGACAUGAUACCCUAUAUGGCAUUCUGUUUCAGUGAGUCCAUUGGCAAGUGUGUAGAGUGCAUCCAUCUGCCGGUAGCAUACGUAAGGCAUUGUCCCUGCCAGUCAUCAAGUUGGGAUAUCUAGUUAUUUCAUGUCACGCACCUGCACCUAUGAUGGUGGUUUGGUCAGGUGCAUAAUACAACAAACACUCUUAUAACACUCACUCCUUUGAUGGCUGUUUCUUUUAAGGAACUCCAGAGUCAAUUCAAGGAAAUAAAGAAUUACCUGGAACACACCUUAGAAACAAUUGAUUUAUUCGAAUAGUUAACCACUGGCUGACCCUUGACUCCAGAGGAUAGGCAUUUCACUGAGACACUUGUAAGUCAGUAGCCACAGCGAGUCCUUUUUGGUAAGAAAAAAAAAAUAAGACAUUUCCCCCUUCUCUUUUUAAGGAUCAUCCCUUUAGAGCUCUAUGGUAAACUGAGUUUCCCUGAUGCUCCCUGGAGAUAGGUAAAGAAAACAUUAGUUUCUUUUCUUAUUCCACUAUUUCAAAAUGAAAGCUUCAUGUACAAAGGCAACAGAAACUUAGGUAGAAAACCUGAGCAACAGAUGUGAACUCCAAAGGGCUGUCGCCAGGCCUUCCUAUGCAUUCUGACAAAUAAAUUGCCCGGGCUGGCUGAUGUCCCGAAACAUUGUUCCCGAGGCAAUUCUUAUCAGAGUUCACUCGGGACUUUCAGACAUCAGAACUCACAUAGACAUUUGGAUAUUAUAAUAUGACAUGUUGCAUUUGGAGAGGUCUGGUUGAGAAGGCAAAAUUUUCUAGGUAUUUUGAUAUAGAUUUGGAUAAAGAGGAUUACUUUUUGUCAGAAUGAGAAUUAAACAAAAGACAAAAGAACCCUGGCAAAUUUUUUCCCUUGAAAUUAUUACCACCUUUAGGAACUUUCUCAGAUACAUCAAAUGUAAUUUGAUGGCAGUGUCAUUCUUCAUACAAAGUGAAUCUAUUCUCAUGAUCUUUGAACCCGUAUUAAUUUUGGACCCUAAAAUUAAUUUCUCCCAUAUGUCCUGUAAUGGCAAAGGAAGUGAAUGAUUUUCAUACAGGAAUGAAAUUUCUUAUAAAAUGAUUUCCUAUAUGAAAAUCAUUCAUUUCCUUUGCCAUUCACAUAAGAAUGUCAUUCAUAUAGGAAUGUGAGAAACCAUUCAUAUAGGCAAAAACCAUUCAUAAAGAAAUGUCAGCCAAACUAUUAUUAUUUCCUUAGAACUUGAUGUAUCAGAAAAUGUAUAAAUUAUUGGUAUUUAUAUAUAAAUACAUCAGAACUUAUCCAAAUGAUAACUCAUAUAUUUGCUUUAAUAAAAAGAAUAUGUUAUUUGUAGUUAAUUAUAUGAUGAUAAGGAUAAUUUCAUAAUUAUUUUAUAGUGCUUGACAUUAAUUCUUCUAUGACAUAGUAAUAAUGUUAACAGAGUUUAAUGUAUUUGGCAUUACCUUUAUGGAAUUUUUAUUCACCAAUUUCAGGAAAACCAAUCAUAGAGUUCUACAAUAGGACAGUUAUAUUUGCCCCAACCAAAUCCAUUAGCACAAUGACUGUGUGUUGCGAGAAAUGAAACAGUUUAUGAAAAUGUAUUCAUCUUGACCCCAAAGAGCCACAGUAGUUGUCAAUUAUUGAGAUUUUUAAACCAUAAAUAUUAUAAAAGUUGAACAAGAAUAUCAUAAUACCAUUUGCAAUUUUUGUCAUUAUUAGAAGUCCAUUUUAUGCUUAAAAUAAAAUGAUUAAAAAAUUAAGUUUUAAGGUUAUUUUUUUUAGAUAAUGAAUUUUCUAUCUCUGGGUAAAAUCUCUUCAUUAUUCAAACUGAAUACUUAAGAGAUAUUUUGGUGUUAAAGGCUUUAUGUCAUGAAAGUGUACAUAGAUAAGCAAGUGCAGAUCACAUGGUGUGGAUGGGUGCUUGUCGAUUAACUAAAGAUGUACAGCAAACUGCCCUUCUAGAGUCCUGUUAAUAUCGGUGUCCUGCCACUGGGUCUGCUUAUUCAGUAUUUAACCUAGGCUUCAUUUUGAUAUGAAUGAAUUGCAAACUAUAUUUUUAAAAAGAAAAAAAUCAAAAUUCAUUAGGAUUUACCUGGUUGUAGCAAACAACAAAAAAAAUGUUUUUAGUGUUGAAAUAUCUCUAUUUUCCAAAGAUGAUAAACUUUCAUCAGUAUUUGCCUACAUUGUCAUUUAUAUCACCAAAUGAGAUUAUAGAUUAAUGCAAUAAACUUUCUAAUAAAAAAAA